CGUUUUAACGGAAGAAGGAAUAUUCGCCGUCUUGCAAAAUAUCUCCGCUUCGAAUAGUUUCGUCGCUGCGUCCCUUUGGUGCCUUGAAGAGAUGACCAUGGCGGCAGCAACCUUCGCGAAACGCCUGAUCGGAAGCCGAUCUACCUCAUGCGCAGCCACUUCCGUCGCCAGAGCUUUCUGCUCGUCCACCACUCCAAUCACCGCAACCAUGUUCCCCGGAGACGGGAUCGGUCCCGAGAUCGCCGAAUCCGUCAAACAGGUGUUUACGACGGCUGGAGUGCCGAUUAACUGGGAAGAGCACUACGUCAGCACCGAGAUAGAUCCGAGAACGCAGAGCUUCUUGACCUGGGAGAGUCUCGAAUCCGUGCGUAGGAACAAAGUCGGUUUGAAAGGUCCGAUGGCGACUCCGAUCGGGAAAGGCCACCGCUCUUUGAAUCUGACUCUUAGGAAAGAGCUGAAUCUAUACGCUAACGUUAGGCCUUGCUAUAGUCUUCCUGGUUACAAGACUCGUUACGAUGAUGUGAAUCUAAUUACUAUUAGGGAGAAUACUGAGGGAGAGUACAGUGGGCUUGAACAUCAGGUUUUUUUUAAGCUUUUGAGGAAUUGUUUUUUCGUCUUUAUGCAUGAGUGUAUAGUGUCCAUGGAGUAUGCUUUUCACUAUGCUAAGACUCAUGGGAGAGAGAGAGUUUCUGCUAUUCAUAAAGCUAACAUUAUGCAGAAGACUGAUGGUCUUUUCCUCAAGUGUUGUCGUGAGGUUGCUGAGAAGUAUCCUGAGAUUACUUACGAAGAGGUUGUUAUUGACAACUGUUGUAUGAUGCUUGUGAAAAACCCAGCACUGUUUGAUGUAUUGGUGAUGCCAAACCUGUACGGUGACAUUAUCAGUGACCUGUGUGCCGGAUUGGUGGGAGGAUUAGGAUUGACUCCAAGUUGUAAUAUUGGGGAAGAUGGUGUAGCCCUUGCUGAAGCAGUUCACGGCUCUGCACCUGAUAUCGCUGGAAAGAACUUGGCGAACCCAACAGCGUUGCUACUGAGUGGAGUGAUGAUGUUGCGUCACCUGAAGCUGAACGAACAAGCAGAGCAAAUCCACAGCGCAAUCAUCAACACCAUAGCUGAGGGGAAAUACAGAACGGCAGAUCUUGGAGGUAGUUCGACCACCACGGACUUCACAAAAGCAAUCUGUGAUCAUCUCUGAACAAUCGUAAAAAAAUCUCAAUUCUUUAUGGAAUCUUUCCUUCGAGGCUUUAAGCCUUCUCUUAGCCUCUGGGAUUCUUCUUGUUUUCCUCGUUUUACGAUAAGAAUAAAACAGGCAAUUGCUUUUGAAGUUACAUUGUUUCUUCUGCCUCUAAAACGUCUUUUAAAAAUUCUCUAUGCCGCAAGGAAAGAUUCAUAGCACAGAGACAGCUGUGUUGUUCUGUAAUCAAUCAGAAGAGUUUUGUUUUUCUUCCUUUAA